UCGGCAUAACCGCGGCGCGCGCCAGCCGGUAAAGACGCAAUCGCGCUCUCGCGCCAUUUCUUCGAUAUUCGAAUUUAGAAUUUCGUUUGUUUUUUUUGCACAUUUUUAUUUAAUUUGUGGUAGUGAGAAAAUAAGAACAAUGAAGGUUUUAAGCGUUGUGAUUUCUUUUUUGUGUGUAUGUUCUGUUUUUGCCAGUGAGAGUUACAGAGCAGGUGUACUGCAGUUGCAAAACAAAGAAAUAAUCGAGUACACGCAUUUCAUACGUGAAGCGGCUAACACGGAUGUCGAUAUUCUGGUGUUGCCUUCGUUGGACUCCGUUGAAUCGUCUGAUAAAUAUGAUGAGCUUGUCGACAUAAUAUCGAAGACGGCUAGACAAGCGAGUGUGUAUGUCGCCAUACAUUUGUAUGAGAAGGCUCGUUGUCACUUGGGACACGAAAUGGUCAGGAGCAACCUGGUGUUCGAUAGGAAAGGAGACAUUAUUGCUGUUUACAGAAAACCUCAAAACAGUAAUGCCAACUGCACGACCUCGCCUUCAGAGCCAGCUACGUUUACCACUGACUUUGGAGUGACAUUCGGUGUGAUGAUGGAAGAAGACUUAGCUCUUUAUGAUGAAGAGCACUUGAAAGGAGUCAAGAACCUGGUGUUGACUGGAGACUGGCAGUCUGAGUUAUCGUUCUUGAGUGCUGCCCAAUUCGCGCCAUCUUGGUCUUACACUAACAACGUGAACCUAGUGUCUACUUCAGGCAUUUACUCUGGGAAGGCUGGCUUGAAAUCUGGGUCUGGUAGACUGGUAGUUGCUGAUCUACUGAAGAAUGGUGAAAAUGAAGUAUCAGCUGUCCCGUCAAUCAGUACUCCAGUGAACUUCCUGGCUGAGGAUCUGAACCUGUACGUGAUGAAGCAGCUGGACUUGCAGGCUAGUGCCAACGGGUACACGGAGACCAUCUGCCAUAGGAGCUUCUGCUGCGAGUUUUAUGUGAAGACCGCUAAAGAUGUCAAAACUGAAUCCGCCUAUAAUUUGGCAGCGUUUAAUGGUGUCCGUCCAUUUGGCGCUAACCACAACGUUGCUACUCAGAUUUGCGUUUUAUCAGGAUUUGAAUCCAACAUUAACUUCGAAAGAAUAUCCAUCGCUGCCAACUUUACGAAACAAAGCUCUCAAUAUCCAAUCGUCCAAUCAACAGUAGUGCUGCCAACUGAAGCAUUCAACUUCGAAGUUAAGAACAAUGGUGUUUCAGAACAGGUAACAUUGGAAUUAGAAAAUGCGAAAAACGUAAUAAACUUUGGUAUUAUCGGUAAAAACGCUAAUGUAGAUUUGGAAAAGGAGUAUGUAGUUGAGAAAAAUGCCACUGAUAAUGUUCAGAGUGAGUUCUUUGAAUAUAUUUUCAAUGAAGAUGUUCAAGAGUUUGUUGAUUAUGUUUGGAUCCGUUUACGAGUACUCAUCGUUGUUGUUUCUAUUUACAUUUUGGAAAUGAUGUAAUUUUGUGAAAAUCAAAGCAAUAUUUAAAGAGAUUUUCUUUUAAAUUUCUUUACCUAAGGUUAUUGAAUCGAUUUUGAGUUCUUAUCCGUGAACAUUAAGAUUGAUUUUGCAAUAGAAUUGAAUUUGCAAACACUAUUUCUGCAACACAAUGUGUUCAAUACCAUAUAGGGAACACGAUAGAAUUCAAAAUAGGUUGAUAUAACCGCAAAAAGGAUUGGUUUUUUAAUUAAUAAAUGUUGCGAUUGUGUUUAUCUUAGUACAAAAGGUAUUUGUAUCAUGAAAGAAAGUGGUUUGUGGUAUAUGUAUGAUGGAUAUUCUUAAUAAUGCGAGUUUGUGAUAAAAAUCUGUUCAUUAAUGGCUUAAUGAGUGAUAAGACUGUAAAAUAUAAGCGUUGAGGUCGAUAAGCACUUGGUAAUAACUUCUAGAAUAAUAUUGUACCUACUGAUAGAAUGUACGGAAACCAGUUUGCCUUGUAUGGUCGAUAGAUGGCGCUUUUCUCUAAUUAAUUACCAAAGAAAUUGGUAAAUGAAUGCUGCAUAAGUAAAGUCGAUUUAACUUAUAAAAAUAGAGUCUAUUUUUGAGAAAUUGUGUAUACAAUCUUUUGGCAGAUGUCUGAAAUGUACAAUUGAUAUUCUGUCCACGUAUUCAGUGAAAAAAAAAAAAUAUUUUAUGAAUUUAAUAUUUUGUCUCAAAUAACCAUGUCAUCCUUUUAUUGUGCAAUUUAUGAUGAUAUGAAUUUCUAUGUGUACGUGCCAUUGUACUUUAAAAUAAUGUUGUCGUCGACUGUAGUAAAAAUUGUACUGUUUCACCAUUCAUAUUUUAAAGAAUUGAUUGUAUAAAUAUUUUGUUACUAUUAAACUUGUUUUAAACUUUAAUGUUAAUGAAAGUUAAUACAAGUAUUAUGUUCGGUAUAAAUGGCUCCACAUAUCGUAUUUUUGUAUUAAAAUAAUAUGGUUUGAGACGCCAUUUAUUUACUAAUAGCUUGAUAUGACAUUUGGUAAAGGAGUUUUGAUUUUAAAAUUUUAUUCUUAUGACUCUGUAGUAAUUUUUUGUAAUGGUAAAACAUAAAUGGUAUUGUAAAAAACUAAGAUAUUUUGUCAAGGAUUAAGAAUUGAAGAAUUGUAAAAAAAUCGGAAACACAAAAAGAAAUUUAUAAUUAUUAUUUUUAUAAAGGUAAUGUAUAAGUGAUGGUUAUAUUUUUUAUAUGAGUUCGUAUUUCGUGAAAUAAUUAUUUUGGCAAAUGAUACAUGGUACAAUGUUUUCUAUGUUAUAUUAAUCUAUUUGUAAUACAGUCGACACAGACUGUUACUGUGAUAUUAGAUAUAUGCAUGAUUUAAAU